AAGACCAAAGUUGUUACUUGUCGCAAUAUUAGCAUAAAAAUGCAUCUUACACUAAUUUUUGUUUUUACUUUAGUUGCCGGUGCGUUGAGUGAAGAAUAUACGAGUAAAUAUGAUAAUAUAGAUCUAGAUGCCAUAAUGAAAAAUGAGAGGCUUUUGAAAAAUUAUAUUGACUGCUUGUUGGACAGGGGAAAAUGUACCAAUGACGCAAAUGAAUUAAAAAAACACAUACCUGAGGCAUUAGAAACAGAGUGCGCUAAAUGUUCAGAAAGACACAAGGGCGGAGUCAGAAGAGCAAUAAAAUUUUUAGCUGAAAACAGGAAAGAAUGGUGGAACGAACUUGUUCAAAAAUAUGACCCAGAUGGUACCUAUAGGAAGAGAUACCAGGAUUUAAGCAAAAAGGAACACGUUAACGUAUAAUUAUAUAUAUUCCAAAUGAAGAGAGCUUUUUUGUUAAAAUAUGAGAAAUUUUAAAGAUA